AUGGUCCGCGCAACCACGCUGUUCGCUGCUACGGCCGCGCUGGCCCUCAAUGCCCACGCCGAGAGCAUGUACUCGAAGAACAGCGCCGUCCUUCAGAUUACCGGCAUGGACUAUGACAGAGUAAUCGCAAAUUCCAACUACACUUCUAUUGUCGAAUUCUACGCGCCAUGGUGCGGCCACUGCAAGAACCUCAAGCCCGCGUACGAGACCGCCGCCAAGUCCCUUGCCGGCAUCGCCAAAGUCGCCGCCGUUAACUGCGAUGAGGAAAUGAACAAGCCCUUCUGCGGAAAGAUGGGCGUCCAGGGCUUUCCUACCCUCAAGAUUGUUCGACCUGGCAAGAAGCCCGGCAAGCCUAUGGUAGAGGACUACCAAGGACCUCGUUCGGCCAAGGGCAUCGUGGACGCUGUCAAGGACAAGGUGCCCAAUAUCGUGAAAAAGGUGAACGACAAGAACCUGAACGAGUGGCUACAAGAGAACAAGGAUACCGCCAAGGCCAUCCUGUUCAGCGAGAAGGGCAUCGUCAGCGCUACAUUGCGGGCCCUAGCAAUCGAUUUCGCUGGAAUUGUCUCGGUCGCACAAGUCAAGAAGUCGGAAAAGGCGGCAGUAGAAAAGUAUGGAAUUACCGACUACCCGAGCUUGAUCCUCAUCCCCGCCGGCUCGGACACACCCAUCAAGCACGAGGGCAAGGUUGACAAAGUAGCCAUGGUCGAUUUCCUUUCCCAGGUCGCUCCACCAAAUCCCGACUGCCCACCUGCCAAAGGAAAGAAGUCCAAGGCUAAGAAGGAUACUAAGAAAGAAUCCAAGUCCUCCAGCAAAUUUGCGAAAGCCUCAGCUUCACACAAGUCCGCAGACUCAUCUUCAGCCGCGGCUUCAGCGACAGACGAGACUGUGGAGGAGCCCGUUGUACCUACCGAGUCGCCUGACCCGAAUGUCAAGGAUGAGGAUACACCUGACCCGAUCGUUCUCCCAGUAGAAGAACUCAAGCCCACCAUCCCUCUGGUCGCUGAAUCUGCUGAACUUCAAUCAAUGUGCUUGACCGAACAGAGCAAGACCUGCAUCCUGGCCCUCCUACCCAAGGACGAGUCUUCCGAAGCUGCAACCACUGCCAUUGCAUCCCUCGCGUCCAUUCACAAGAAGUACGAUGCUUCUGGCAGCCAUCUCUUCCCCUUUGUCGGUGUAACUUCGACAAACUCCCUUGCUGCAACCCUGAUUACAGAGCUUGGUCUUGGAGGUGCAGAGGAGGUUCACCUCAUUGCCACCAACGGAAAGCGCGCAUGGUACAAGAAGUACUCCGGCAGCUCUUUCGGGGCUGAAGCAGUCGAGCAAUGGGUCGAUGCUAUCCGCAUGGGUGAGGGCAAGAAAGAGAAGCUACCCGACUCCGUUCUGGUCGCUGGUGAGAAACUGGAGGUUAAGGAAGAUAAGGUCAAGAUCGAGGUAGAAGAGGUUUUAGAAGACGUCUCACAAGAUCCGGAGACACCUGGUCAUAACGAGCUCUGA